UCAAUAAAGAUAGCUACCUUUGUCAGAAGCAUCCCAGGUGACCCUUCAGCAUAUGUGAGUUUGAGACCCCACUACUAGAAGAAAUCAGGCUGUAGUGUGCACUUUUCAGAGUCAGAUUUUUGGUGAAGGGACCCAGAUGGAUGGCCCUGUCAGUGUUAGAGCAUUUAAGCUGGGAGGUGAGGUUAGGCCUGCAACCGGGACAGCACUGGACUCCAUGGCCAUUCUGAAGUAGAGAAUGCCGGUCUGCAGAAAGAGGCAGGAGACUGGAACAAACAAGAAGAGAGGAGAGACUGCACACCAUGCUGUCCCUGAGAGAUGACAAGAGUAACCUCCUCGGUUCCUGACUUUAAAGUUCUCAAUUCCAGCCCCCUUUAAAUGAGGCAGUCCCUCACAGAAAGAGGAGAUCGGCUGACCAUCCCUGAGCUGCUCAAGCCCUUGGGUGCGAGCAAAAUAGACAGACGACUGUGAAAAACUCACCACUCCACUGGAGAAUUACAAAAUGUACCAUCAGGAAGACGACACCAACAGUGACAUGACCAGUGACGACGACAUGAGCCGAACUGGGAGAGAAACCCCACCACCUCGAUCAUCCCACUCUUUCAGCAGUGACCGAGACCAGGAGCGCCGGGGCAGAAGCAGAGAUGUGGAGCCUCGAGACCGCUGGCCAUACAGCAGGAAUCCCAGAAGCAGGCUGCUUCAGCGGGAUCUUUCUCUGCCUGUGAUGUCAAGACCACACUUUGGACUGGAAAGAGAUGAUGACAGACGUUCCAUGGAUUAUGAGUCUCGCUCUCAGGACGCCGAGUCCUACCAGAAUGUCGUGGAGCUCAAAGAGGACAAGAAGCCUCAGAACCCAAUUCAGGACAACCUGGAGAAUUACAGAAAGCUGCUCUCGCUGGGAGUACAGCUUGCCGAAGAUGACCGACACUCUCACAUGACACAAGGCCACUCAUCAAGGUCCAAGAGAAGUGCCUACCCAAGCACCAGUCGAGGUCUGAAACCCAUGCCUGAAGCAAAAAAGCCAGCCCACCGGCGCGGAAUCUGUGAAGAUGAAUCUUCUCAUGGAGUGAUAAUGGAAAAAUUCAUCAAGGACGUGUCCCGCAACCCCAGAUCCGGAAGAGCGAGGGAGCCAUCUGAGCGUCCCCCUCCGAGGUUCCCUAGGCCCAGUGACAACUGGAAGGACUGUUCAUCCAACAAAAGAGAGUCAGUGAUCCAGGGGAGCGCGUUCAGGGGAGGCUUCAGAUUCAACCCAGACUUGGUUUCCCGUAGCAGGGCUCUAGAAAGGAAGAGGCGCUACCAUUUUGAUUCCGAUGAGAAGAGUUCAGGGCAUGAGCAUAAGAGCUGCGUGAGGAAGAAGCCCUUUGAGUGUGGCAGUGAGAUGAGGCAGGCGAUGAGCAUGGGCAACCUGAGCUGCCCUUCCUUCUCUGACUCGCAGGCGAUGGAUUUCGCGGCCAACCCCUAUGUGUGUGAUGAGUGCGGGCGGUCGUUCAGUGUCAUCUCUGAGUUUGUCGAGCACCAGAUCAUGCACACUAGGGAGAACCUCUAUGAGUACGGGGAGUCCUUCAUUCACAGUGUGGCUAUCAAUGACGGGCAAAAAGGCCAGGGUGGGGGGAGGCGCUUUGAGUGUAAGGAGUGUGGAGAAACCUUCAGUAGGAGUGCCGCCCUGGCAGAGCAUCGCCAGAUCCAUGCUAGGGAGUAUCUGGCGGAGUGUAGAGAUCAGGAGGAUGACGACGCCGUUAUGCCUAGCCCUACCUUCAGCGAGCUGCAGAAGAUGUACGGCAAACACAAGUUCUAUGAGUGCAAGGUGUGCAAGGAGACCUUUCUGCACAGUUCUGCCCUGAUUGAGCACCAGAAAAUCCAUGGUCGCGGCAACCCGGGAGACGACAGAGAUAAUGAGCGCGAACGCGAACGCGAGCGCCUCCGGGCCCGUGCCCGGGAGCAGCGGGAGCGCGAACGCGAACGCGAGCGUGAGCGCGGGGAACCCUUUCUGACCUGCCCAAACUUCAAUGAGUUUCGGAGGAUGUACCGCAAAGACAAAAUCUAUGAGUGCAAGGUGUGUGGGGAGAGCUUCUUUCACCUCUCAUCCCUGCGGGAGCACCAGAAAAUCCACACUAGAGGAAACCCGUUUGAACACAAGAGCAGGAUGUGUGAGGAGACCUUUGUCCCCAGUCAGUCUUUCAAAAGGCGCCAGAAAACUUACAGGGAGAGGCUUUUCGACUUUAACAAUGCCAGAGAUGCGCUGAUGGAAACCUCAGACCCCGGUGAGCAUCAGAAGCAUCGUUCUCGAAAGAAUUUCUUCGAUGGCAGGGGAUAUGAGAAACCCUUUGCCGAAUCUCAGAAGAGCCACACUAUAACAAGACCACCUGAAAACAAAGAUGAAGACAAGCCGUUCACCAUCAGCACCAACCCUAAUGACAAGCUGGAAAUUCCCACCAUGGAAAAUGGCUCCCCAGGGAAAUCCUACGUGAGGUCUGUUAUUCACAGCUUGGGCUCCGCAGAAGCUCAGAAGAGUCAUGGGGCGCUGGGGUUCAGUAGACCCAAACCAGUGGCAGAGUCUAGCACCCGGCGCCACUCUGGAGGGAUCGCCUAUGAAGGAAAAGAAUUCAAGGCCUCUGUCAUCCACAGCCUGCCGGCUCCUCGGCCUCUGAAACGUCACAGGGCAAAUGACCAGGUUGAGCGGGAUGAGGAAGGAGAAUCCUGCAUUUACAUCUCAGAUCUUACCACUAAGCGAAGGAAGAUUCCUACCAGAGGUGAUGCUUACGAAGGAAGUAGCAGCAUCAGCCACAAGGACUUCAUCGCACCGAGUAGCUUGUCCCGUGCUGAGUCUCCACGUCUUUCUGGAGAGUUGCGCGAAUCUAAUCAAGACGUCACCUUUUCGGUUCCCAGCUCCAGUGUUCGUGAACACCAGAAAGCUCGCGCCAAAAAGAAAUACAUUGAGCCCAGAAGCAAUGAGGCCUCUGUUAUCCACCCCCUACCUUUUGGUGGUCUGCAGGCAAUUCGCCGUAGAGCAAAGUUCUUCGAGUGCCAGGAAUGUGGGGAGGCCUUUGCUCACAGGUCUGACCUCAUUGAGCACCAGAAGAUCCACGACAGAGAAAGACCUUCUGGAAGGCGACAUUAUGAGAGAUCUGUCAUCCGCAGCCUCAUCCCUAGUGACCCCCAGACCAGUUAUGCCCACGAACGCUUCAUUCAAGAACAAGUGCGCAAAUUCAGAGAGUUUGGACAACGCUCUGCUACCAGCAACCACCUCAAUGUACAGAAAAUCUAUGCCCAAGAGAAAUUUUAUGCCGAGGAGCCCCAUGAUAAAGACACUCAUGGUCAGAAAAGUCAUGACAAAGAGCCAUAUGGUAAAGAGCCCAGUGGCCAGGAGCCUCAUGGUGACGAGCCUCAGGACAAGGAACCCGCUGAUCAGGAGAUGCGCAGCGAGGAGCCUCACGGUGAUGAGCCUCAUGGCCAGGAGCCCCAGGACAAGGAACCCGCUGAUCAGGAGAUGCGCAGCGAGGAGCCGCAAGGUGAAGAGGCCCAUGGCCAGGAGAAACCAGAAGGCUCUGCUGAACAUAAGAAAGAGGACACCAGUGACACAAUCUAUGAAUGCCAGCACUGCGGGCUGGGCUUUACUGACCUCACAGACCUCACAAGCCACCAGGAUGUCCACAGCAGAAAGACUCUGGUUGACAGUCGCGAAUACGCACACUCCGAAGUUCACGUCCACUCCGUCAGCGAGUUUGAGAAAAAGUAUUCUGGAGAGAAGCUGUAUGAGUGCCCGAAGUGCGGGCAAUCUUUUAUUCAUAGCUCACUACUUUUCGAGCACCAGAGAGUCCACGAACAAGACCAGCUGUAUUCUGUAAAGGCCUGUGAUGAUGGCUUCGUCGCCGUCCUGCCCGUGCGGCCCAGGAGAAAUUGUGUGACAGAAGUGAAUCCUGCUGUUGCCGGCUCAGCCAUCCGAUGCCGUCAGUGCGGACAAGGCUUCAUCCACAGUUCUGCUCUGAAUGAGCACAUGCGACAGCACAGGGAUGAUGAAAUCCUGGAGCAGAAUGAGUUGGCGGAUGAGAUCUUCAUUCAGGGCCUAGCCCUCACCGAGUAUCAGGGAAGUGAAACCGAAGAGAAGGUUUUCGAGUGCACGAUCUGUGGCGAAUGCUUCUUCACUGCCAAACAGCUUGGGGACCACCACACCAAAGUUCAUAAGGACGAGCCCUAUGAGUACGGGCCCUCCUACACCCACGCCUCUUUCCUCACCGAGCCCCUCAGGAAGCACAUCCCCCUGUACGAAUGCAAAGAUUGCGGGCAGCCCUUCCUCGACGACACCGUCAUCACCGAGCGUAUGGUGUUUCACCCCGAGCAAGAAGGGGGCUCCGAAAUAGUAGCCGCCACUGCCCAAGAGGUCGAAGCCAAUGUCCUCAUUCCACAGGAAGUACUGCGAAUCCAGGGGUCAAACGCAGAAGCGGCGGAGCCGGAAGUGGAGGCCGCCGAGCCUGAGGUGGAGGCCGCUGAGCCUGAGGUGGAGGCUGCAGAGCCUAACGGAGAGGCCGAAGGGCCAGACGGAGAAGCUGCCGAGCCAGACGGAGAGGCUGAGCAGCCCAAUGGAGAAGCUGAACAGCCAAACGGCGAUGCUGACGAGCCAGAUGGAGCCGGGAUUGAAGACCCAGAAGAGAGAGCCGACGAGCCAGAGGAAGAAGAUGUUGAAGACCCAGAGGGGGACGCAGACGAGCCCGAUGGUGCAGACAUCGAAGACCCAGAAGAGGAAGGAGAAGACCAAGAGAUAGAGGUCGAAGAACCGUACUACAACUGCCAUGAGUGCACAGAAACCUUCGCCUCCAGCGCAGCCUUCGGCGAGCAUCUGAAAACUCACGCCAGCGUGAUCAUCUUCGAGCCUGCCAAUGCACCGGGCGAGUCCUCUGGCUACAUCGAACGGGCCAGCACCAGUGCGGGUGGUGCCGAGCAGGCGGAUGACAAGUACUUCAAAUGCGAUGUGUGCGGGCAGCUCUUCAACGACCGCCUCUCCCUUGCCAGACACCAGAAUUCUCAUACUGGCUGA